CUGAAAAUAAUAAAUAAAUAAAUAAAAUAAAAAGGAAAAAUGGCUUAACCGGGUUCCUCCGUUGGCAAACCCAGUCCGUCGAUUAUCGCCGGAUCUCUGCAGUCAACUACCUACCAGUCUCAGUCACUCACUCUGACCCUGCGACUGGCAGGUGCACCCCUACGACCAACCGUUUCUCAUCCACACCAAAAUUAACUCCUCCCAUUCACACCCCUUUCUCUCUCUCAGAAAUUAUCUUCUCUAUGGACUACUCAAUCUCUUCCGCCUCCGACCACGACGCCCAUACUCCGCCGCAUCAGGAUUCUUCCAAUCCUGAAACCUCCGCAAACGGCGGAACCAUUACUGUUCAGCUGUUCGUGGAGGAAGGUGAGGUUGAACCGGGAGAGGUCCGAGUCACUAUCGAACCCGGUUCAGACGCUGCUGCUGCGUCUUCCUCGGGGAGGAGGACCGGUUUGGAGGUCGAACCGGAAGCUCCAUCGAGCCCUAGCAGCAGCGGUUACGUCGGCGAGAGAGGAAGCAGCAGCAGCAGCAGCGACACCAGCGGUUCGCCAAUUAUACCGAUCGCGCGCGAAAUUGAAGAGGAGAUGAGUAGGGAAGUUGAUGAUAUCACACUCCAUGGAUUCUCCGACGCCCAAACGACGUGGAUUCCUGGAAAACGACAUGUCGAUGAGGAUGAUGCUUCCAUUUCUUGGAGAAAAAGGAAGAAGCAUUUCUUUGUUCUCAGUCAUUCUGGCAAGCCAAUAUACUCUAGGUAUGGAGAUGAGUAUAAGCUUGCAGGAUUUUCAGCGACUUUGCAGGCAAUCAUUUCCUUUGUGGAGAGCAGGGGUGAUUCUGUGAAAUGGGUGAGGGCUGGAAANAAUAUUAUGUUCCAUUUGAUCGUUAAUUACACGAAACGUCGAAACCCGCCACUUAUUCAAAUCCUUAUAGUUGUUUUUCUUGUGAAAGGGCCAAUUUAUUUGGUCAGCAUCAGCUGUACAGAAGAACCUUAUGAGUCAUUAAGGGGGCAGUUGGAGCUAAUUUAUGGUCAGAUACUUGUUAUACUAACAAAAUCAGUAAACAGAUGUUUCGCGAAGAACCCAAAGUUUGAUAUGACACCCUUGCUCGGUGGAACAGACAUUGUCUUUUCCUCUCUAAUCCAUUCCUUCAGUUGGAAUCCUGCUACAUUUCUUCAUGCCUAUACUUGUCUUCCUCUAGCAUAUGCAACAAGGCAAGCUGCAGGUGCUAUCUUGCAAGACAUUGCCGAUUCAGGUGUUUUGUUUGCAAUUCUGAUGUGCCGGCACAAGGUAAUCAGUCUUGUUGGUGCUCAGAAAGCUUCCCUUCAUCCAGAUGAUAUGCUGCUGCUAGCCAACUUUGUUAUGUCAUCAGAAUCCUUUAGGACAUCAGAGUCAUUUUCUCCAGUUUGCCUUCCAAGAUAUAAUCCUUCAGCAUUUUUGUAUGCUUAUAUCCAUUAUUUUGAUGCUGACACAUACUUGGUGCUGCUAACCACUAGUUCAGAUGCAUUUUAUCAUCUUAAAGAUUGCAGGGUUCGUGUUGAAUUGGUCCUUUUGAAGUCAAAUGUUCUUAGUGAAGUUCAGAGAUCUUUGCUGGAUGGGGGAAUGCAUGUUGGGGAUCUUCCACCCAUAGCUCAGUCUGGUUCAUCUCAAUUGGGCCCGCACAGGCUUCCAUCUGAUUCUCCUGAAAGAUUCCUGGAACCUAAUUCCGCCAUUGACUGUCCUGCAGGGUUGUGGCAUUUUAUAUACUUCAGUAUAUAUCUGGAUCAAUAUGUCUCUUCAGAGUUUCCACCAUCCAUUAAAACACCUCAGCAGCAAAAAAUGUUAAAUGUUUACCAGAAACUUUUUGCAUCGAUGCAUGAUAAUGGUAUUGGACUGCACAAAACUCAAUUUCGGAGAGAUGAAAACUACGUUCUUCUCUGUUGGGUGACACAAGAUUUUGAGCUGUAUGCUGCCUUUGAUCCCCUUGCGGACAAGGCAUCGGCAAUAAAGACAUGCAACCGUGUUGUUCAAUGGAUAAAAGAUGUGGAAAAUGAAAUUUUUUUGCUAGGAGCGAGCCCCUUUUCAUGGUGAUUUCCUUGCAAAUACUGUAAGCGAGUAGAAUAGUUCUUUUUGUAAUAAAAUUCCUAUAGAGAACGAAAUACUCAAUGUAAGGUUAUGAUUCACUACCACAAGAUUCAUGAUUCGACUUGUAUACAUGCCUCGCAAUUAAAUUGUAUAAUAUAAUAGUAAAGUUUGGUUCAA